UACGUAAAGAGUUUAAGAAAUUCAAGUAGCUUACCUAAUAGUAUGCACUAGAUACCUACAUACACUUAUUAUCUACCUUUUCCACAGUUCCAUCACCAUAUUGCCGAAACUACGAAUCAAAUAAUUUGUCGCUGCUCUUGAAUUUGUUCCUAGACUACAUUUGGAUAUCCACAAUUGGGGAUCAGACAAUUUUCAAGAGGUAAACCACUUUCGGCUAUUUGUAUUAAUAUACAACUUUGACACAAUUUGACAAGCCACAUCAGUGAUACAAAAUUCUAAAUACUGAGUGUGCAAUGACUCGGAGAAAGAAAAAGGAUGAAGAUGAAACUGUAAACAUUAGCUGUGAUUCUAUUAUGUCAACGCAAGAAACAAACGAACGGAAGCAUAGGGAACUGCAGUUAGCAGUUAGGCUGAUAAAUAGGAAAAGGAAACCGUUUGACCUUCAAGCGGAUAUUCCUACGUAUCACUGUAACUGCAUAAAUCAUCUGUUCCGGGUGUUGCGAUGCAACAACUAUAAAAUUGAUAGUGAAGAGGUACUUGAACACGAAACUACUUCAUCAAGUACAACUCAACAGGGUUUGGAUUUUGCAACACCUUCUUCAAACACUAAACGCCAAAAAAAAUCGGCGCAGGUGGACGAAGCACAUCCCACAAUAGUGCGUUCAAUUGAUACUCUGCAACCAGAUAAUAGCCGCCCCGGAUCUUCCAUUGCAAAUUAUAGUUAUGAAUGCUCAAACUCAACUACACCAGAAAUGCUCAGCCCAAACUCAGAAACGCUAAAUAAGUGGCCAAGCUGUCCUACUAUGGUUCGUUCAAGUGACACUCAACUCGGUAAUAGCUGCACUGGAUCUUCAACUACUAAUUCUAGGUGUGAAUUGUCAAACAUGUUGAGCCCAAAUUCAGAAAUGCUUCCAAAUGAUAUUACUACGGAAUCCAACCAGAAUUCUGCGCUAGUACAACUACAAGUUAUUCAACAACUGAAUCCUGAUAUGGCAGAAUUUUUGAAUUUUCAUAAAUAA